AAGGCAUAUGAGGCAUAUACUGCAGCAGGUUCUCUUUAUUCUAAAGCGUUGUCUUACUCUGGAGAUGCAGUGACAGUAUAAUGGAAGGAAAAGUCCCUGUUUUUAGGUAGGAAAAUUACACGAGUCAGGCGGUGAAAGGAAAGAGCAGUUAAAACAGCAGCAGCAGCAGCACACCGAAGAAGGGAGAAGCCACAGCUGUGCAAACUAGACCUUGAAGCAGCCAAGCACGAGACUGGUGAGAUACCAAGAGACAUUUGAAGAUCCUGAAGGUGUGCUGGCAGUUGGAUUGCCUCUCUUAGUCUUUUACUCCCUCUCCCCACCCCUUCCCCCCCCUCCCCGUUUGGAGCUACGUGGGGUGAACACUCCGUGGGUACUGCCUCUUAUUCCUCAGAUUUCUUCUCUUGCCUGCCUGCUGCUGCAACCUACUACCACCGUUGCUGCUGCUGCUGCUGCUGCUGCUGCUGCUGCUGCUGCUGCUGCUGCUGCUGCUGCUGCUGCUGCCUCUGACAGGAACGUGUUAAGAAAGCAGAAGGAGAAAAUGCCAGCCAUCCUGGUUGCCUCCAAAAUGAAAUCGGGACUGCCCAAACCUGUCCACAGCGCUGCACCGAUCCUCCAUGUCCCGAUGGCCAGGGCUGGCCCUCAGCCUUGCUACCUGAAGUUCGGGAAUAAGGUGGAGGUGACCAAACCUGUCUAUUCCAGCCAGAUCCCCCUGAAAUCGCAGGGACUGCACGAGCCUGGGGGAGAAGGACUGGCCCCGAAGAAAACCAGCUCUGUGGAAAAUGGGUUUGACACCCAGAUUUAUACAGACUGGGCCAAUCACUACCUAGCAAAAUCUGGCCAUAAGCACUUAAUCAAGGAUCUGCAGCAAGAUGUAACCGAUGGCGUUUUAUUGGCAGAGAUAAUCCAAGUUGUAGCAAAUGAAAAAAUUGAAGACAUCAAUGGCUGUCCAAAGAACAGGUCUCAAAUGAUUGAAAACAUAGAUGCCUGCCUGAAUUUUCUGGCAGCAAAGGGAAUAAACAUACAGGGUCUGUCUGCAGAAGAAAUCAGGAAUGGGAAUCUCAAGGCCAUUUUAGGCCUCUUCUUCAGUCUUUCCCGUUACAAGCAGCAACAGCAACAGCCUCAGAAACAACCCCUCCAGCAUCCUUCAUCUCAGCCGACUCCUGCCGUAUGCCAGCAAGCCAGCUCUCUCUACCAGUGCCAGUUUGGGGUGCAACAGCCUCAGCAACAGGUGCAAGCUACACCCCAAACCCAGUGCCAACCAUCCCAGCCAGCUUUGCAUCAGCAGUUAAAAGCACAACCAGAAAUGCAGUCCAGUGCAUCAUCCAGGGACUCAUCUCAAAGCAAAAUCAUCCGGUUCACACUCAGUCAGAAAAAGACUUCUAGACUCCCAGGUCCUACCGCGAGGGUAUCCGCUGCAGGCAGUGAAGCCAAAACUCGUGGGUCCAUUAGCACUAACAACCGGCGCAGUCAGAGCUUUAACAACUAUGAUAAAUCAAAACCCGUCACCUCCCCAACACCACCUCCACCACCACCACCGCCGCCACCAUCCUCCAACAGCUAUGAGAAAGAGUCAUUGGAAAGCCCAGUCUCCUCUCCCCCAGGAAUGAAUGAAAAUGCUCCCAUCUCAUUUCAAAGCAGCAGCAGCACUAAUUCCAUUGGUGGCGGAAGCUCAUCAGCCAUUCCCCAGCCUGGAACUGCCCCUAAACCUUGGCGGAGCAAGUCUCUGAGUGCGAAGCACACUGCCACAUCUUCCAUGCUAUCUGUGAAGCAGCCCAUGUCAGAGUCACCAAAGCCAUCUCCGGAGACCAUAAAAGCCACCUCCAAUAAUCAGAAAUCAAUGCUAGAGAAAUUGAAACUCUUCAACAGCAAGGGUGGAUCAAAGACGGGGGAGUCCCUGGGGUCCCGGGACCCAAGCUGUGAAAGGCUGGACACUCUCCCUAGCUUUGAGGAAAGCGAAGAGAUGGAGGCUGCCCAACGGACCACCAGCGCCACUGGACCGGCUUCCAACAGCCCCAAGAUUGCACUCAAGGGAAUUGCCCAAAGAACAUUCAGCCGGGCACUGACCAACAAGAAAACCUCCCCAAAGGGCAAUGAGAAAGACAAGGACAAGCAGCGGGAGAAGGAAAAGGAAAAGAGCAAGGAUGUCUCCAAGAGAGCAUCUGUCACAGAGAAACCAGACAUAAAAGAGGAACCAAAAGAAGAACCAACCACAGCAGCUAUCACAGAGAUGCCAAAAAAGUCCUCCAAGAUUGCAAGCUUUAUCCCCAAAGGCGGAAAGCUGAACAGUGCCAAGAAGGAGGCCCCGGCCCCUUCCCACAGUGGAAUACCAAAACCAGGAAUGAAAACCACCCCUGGAAAAUCCUCAAGUGCCCCAGCUUCCUGCAAGGAAGGGGAGAAAAUCCGAAGUGGGAAACCCAGCUCAGGGCUCUCCCAUCAGAAGUCCCAGUUGGGCAGCAAACAUUCCAGUUCCUCCUCCAGCUUAGCCUCCUCAGAAGGCAAAGGAAUUGCAGGAUCAGCGACCUUGAGCAGCAGCAGCAGCAGCCAGCCUGUCAACGGGCCAGCUAGUACCACCCAGACAACGGGAAGUAAUACUGUCAGUGUCCAGCUACCUCAGCCCCAACAGCAAUACAACCACCCCAACACUGCCACAGUAGCUCCUUUCAUGUACAGGUCACAGGCAGACAAUGAAGGGAACAUAACAGCAGAGUCCAGUACAGUUGGAAUGAACCUGGAGCCUGUCAUUUACACUAAAAGUGGACAGUCUGGCCUAGAAGAUCUUCCUGGGGAGGAUCCAGAAACUCGGAGAUUGAGAACUGUAAAGAACAUUGCUGACCUACGUCAGAAUUUGGAGGAGACCAUGUCCAGUUUACGGGGAACUCAGGUCACACACAGCACAUUGGAAACCACAUUUGACACCAACGUUACUACUGAAAUAAGUGGGCGCAGCAUUCUCAGCCUGACAGGAAGAGCAACUCCUUUGUCCUGGAGACUUGGCCAGUCGAGCCCUCGACUCCAAGCAGGGGAUGCUCCGUCAAUGGGUAAUGGAUACCCUCCAAGAGCCAAUGCCAGCCGUUUCAUCAACACCGAAUCUGGUCGUUACGUGUACUCCGCCCCUCUGAGGAGGCAGCUAGCGUCCCGAGGAAGUAAUGUCUGCCACGUAGAUAUCGCUGAUAAAGGAGGGGAAGACAUAGACCUAGAAGGCAUCAGCAUGGACGCCACUGGCUAUAUGAGUGAUGGAGAUGUUCUGGGAAAGAAUAUAAGAACUGAUGACAUUACGAGCGGGUACAUGACUGAUGGUGGCCUUGGUCUUUACACCCGCCGAUUGAACCGGCUACCCGAUGGAAUGGCUGUCGUCCGGGAGACACUUCAGCGCAACACGACCCUGGGCCUCGGAGAUGCUGACAGCUGGGAUGACAGCAGCUCUGUCAGCAGUGGAAUCAGUGACACCAUAGACAAUCUCAGCACCGAUGAUAUCAACACCAGCUCAUCCAUUAGCUCCUAUGCCAACACGCCUGCUUCAUCACGCAAAAAUCUGGAUGUGCAGACCGAUGCCGAAAAGCACUCCCAGGUAGAACGGAAUUCCCUAUGGUCGGGUGAUGAUGUCAAGAAAUCAGACGGCGGCUCAGACAGUGGAAUAAAGAUGGAGCCUGGUUCCAAGUGGAGACGUAAUCCCUCGGACGUUUCUGAUGAGUCUGACAAAAGCACUUCGGGCCGGAAGAAUACAGUCAUUUCCCAAACGGGUUCAUGGCGGCGAGGCAUGACUGCUCAGGUGGGCAUCACCACCCCAAGAACUAAGCCUUCCACAACCUCAGGAACACUGAAGACUCCAGGGACAGGGAAAACGGAUGAUGCCAAGGUAUCUGAGAAAGGUAGACUUUCUCCUAAAGGCACUCACGUUAAACGUUCUCCCUCAGAUGCGGGGCGGAGCAGCGGGGAUGAAUCCAAAAAGCCACCAUCCAACAACUCCAGGGUGACCGCAGCGAAUACCAACACCUUUGGGUUUAAGAAGCAGAGUGGGUCUUCUUCGGUGGGCCUGACCAUGAUCACGGCCAGUGGGGCAGCCAUAACUAGUAGGUCAGCCACCCUGGGCAAGAUCCCCAAGUCUUCAGGACUCAUGGGUCGGUCCACUGGGCGGAAGGCAAGCAUCGAUGGGUCUCCAAACCCAGAUGACGGUUACCUGGCAAUGAGUGCCCGCACGAACCUGCAGUACAGGAGUUUACCGAGACCCAGUAAGUCCAGUAGCCGGAAUGGGGCUGGCAACAGAUCUAGCACCAGUAGUAUAGAUUCCAACAUCAGCAGCAAGUCAGCCUGUCUACCUGGCCCUAAACUGAGAGAACCUUCCAAGACAGCGCUUGGCAGCUCUUUGCCAGGAUUGGUCAACCAGACUGAUAAAGAAAAAGGAAUCUCAUCCGACAGUGAGAGCGUGGCUUCCUGUAACUCCGUUAAAGUGAACCCAGCAGCCCAGGCCGUUUCCAGUAUAGCUCAGGCAACUCACCAGCAAGGAACCAAGUACCCUGAUGUGGCAUCCCCAACUCUACGCAGGCUUUUUGGCGGGAAGCCUGCUAAGCAAGUGCCUGUCACAACAGCUGAAAGCAUGAAAAAUUCAGUGGUCAUCUCCAACCCUCACGCCACCAUGAACCAGCAGGGAAAUCUAGACUCACCUUCUGGCAGUGGCAUACUGAGCAGCGGGAGCAGCAGCCCUCUGUAUAGUAAGACCAUGGACCUCAACCAGUCUCCGUUAGCCUCCAGUCCCAGCUCAGCCCACUCUGCUCCUUCUAACAGCCUCACCUGGGGUACCAACGCCAGCAGUUCUUCGGCCGUCAGUAAGGACGGCCUUAGCUACCAGGCUGUCGGCAGCCUUCACACAAGUUGUGAAUCCAUUGAUAUCUCCCUCAGCAGCGGUGGAGGAGUCAGUCACAACUCCUCCACUGGUUUGAUCGCCUCCUCUAAAGAUGACUCCUUGGCUCCCUUUGUCAGAACCAACAGCGUUAAAACCACACUGUCAGAAAGCCCUCUCUCUUCCCCUGCUGCUAGUCCCAAAUUCUGCAGAAAUACUUUGCCCAGGAAGCAGGACAGCGACCCACAUCUUGAUAGGAACACUUUGCCUAAGAAAGGACUCAGGUACGCCCCCUCUCCACAGCUACGCACUCAUGACGAUGCAAAAGAGUGGCUCCGAUCUCACUCUGCAGGAGGGCUCCAGGACACAGCUGCAAAUUCCCCCUUUUCAUCGGGGUCCAGCGUCACCUCACCCUCUGGAACCAGAUUCAAUUUCUCCCAACUUGCGAGCCCCACGACUGCAACCCAGAUGAGCUUAUCCAAUCCAACCAUGUUGCGAACCCACAGUCUUUCCAACGCUGAUGGGCCUUACGAUCCCUACAGUGACAGCCGCUUCCGUAAUAGUUCCAUGUCACUGGACGAGAAAAGCAGGACAAUGAGCCGCUCUGGGUCAUUCCGAGAUGGGUUUGAAGAAGUGCAUGGGUCCUCCCUCUCUCUGGUUUCCAGUACUUCAUCUAUUUACUCAACGCCAGAAGAAAAAUGCCAGUCAGAGAUUCGCAAGCUCCGAAGGGAGUUGGAUGCAUCUCAGGAGAAGGUUUCUGCUUUGACCACUCAGUUGACUGCAAAUGCUCACCUUGUGGCAGCCUUUGAGCAGAGCCUUGGAAACAUGACAAUCAGGCUUCAGAGUCUGACCAUGACAGCUGAACAGAAGGACUCGGAGCUGAACGAGUUAAGGAAAACCAUUGAGCUUCUGAAGAAGCAGAAUGCUGCUGCCCAGGCUGCUAUCAAUGGAGUAAUUAACACUCCUGAGCUCAACUGCAAAGGGAAUGGCACUUCCCAGUCAGCUGACCUCCGCAUCCGAAGGCAGCAUUCUUCAGACAGCGUCUCCAGCAUAAACAGUGCAACUAGCCACUCCAGUGUGGGAAGCAACAUGGAGAGCGAUUCAAAGAAAAAGAAGAGAAAGAAUUGGGUCAACGAGUUACGCAGCUCCUUCAAGCAAGCUUUUGGUAAGAAGAAAUCACCAAAGUCAGCGUCUUCUCACUCUGACAUUGAAGAGAUGACUGAUUCGUCCUUGCCCUCAUCACCCAAGUUGCCUCACAACGGCUCCACUGGCUCUACUCCCCUGCUGAGAACCUCCCACUCCAAUUCUCUCAUUUCUGAGUGCACCGAUAGUGAGGCUGAGACUGUGAUGCAGCUGCGAAAUGAGCUAAGAGACAAGGAGAUGAAACUGACAGAUAUCCGUCUGGAAGCCCUGAGCUCAGCUCACCAGCUCGACCAGCUCCGAGAGGCCAUGAACAGGAUGCAGAGUGAAAUUGAGAAGUUAAAAGCAGAGAACGACAGGCUCAAGUCUGAGAACCAAGGCAGCUGCAGCCGGGCUCCGUCCCAGGCGUCCAUCUCCUCCUCCCCAAGGCAGUCCCUGGGGCUCUCGGAGCACAGCCUAAACCUCACUGAAUCCACCAGUCUUGACAUGUUGCUGGAUGACACUGGUGAUAGCUCCGCUCGGAAAGAAGGAGGCAGGCAUGUUAAAAUAGUUGUCAGCUUUCAGGAUGAAAUGAAAUGGAAGGAGGAUUCCAGACCACACCUCUUUCUCAUUGGUUGCAUUGGAGUUAGUGGCAAGACCAAAUGGGAUGUACUGGAUGGAGUGGUUAGACGACUGUUCAAAGAAUAUAUCAUUCAUGUGGAUCCAGUGAGUCAGCUAGGGCUUAAUUCAGACAGUGUUCUAGGCUACAGCAUAGGGGAAAUCAAGCGUUCAAACACUGCAGAGACACCUGAGCUUCUACCCUGUGGCUAUUUGGUUGGUGAGAACAACACCAUCUCUGUGGCUGUCAAAGGAUUGUCAGAGAACAGUCUGGAUUGCCUGGUCUUUGAGUCCCUGAUCCCAAAGCCCAUCCUUCAGCGGUACAUUUCCCUCUUGAUGGAGCACAGACGGAUCAUCCUAUCUGGCCCCAGCGGCACCGGCAAGACGUACCUAGCCAAUCGUUUGUCUGAGUACAUGGUGCUGAGGGAGGGGCGGGAGCUGGCCGAUGGUGUGAUUGCCACCUUCAAUGUGGAUCAUAAGUCCAGUAAGGAACUGCGCCAGUACCUGUCAAACCUCGCCGACCAGUGCAACAGCGAGAACAAUGCUGUAGAUAUGCCACUUGUUAUCAUCCUGGACAACCUGCAUCAUGUUAGCUCCCUGGGAGAGAUCUUCAACGGGCUUCUGAACUGCAAAUAUCACAAAUGUCCUUAUAUUAUUGGCACGAUGAAUCAGGCUACCUCCUCCACCCCGAACCUCCAGCUUCACCACAACUUCAGGUGGGUCCUCUGUGCCAAUCACACUGAGCCAGUCAAGGGCUUUCUUGGACGUUUCCUGAGGAGAAAACUCAUUGAAACGGAAAUCAGUGGACGGGUGCGCAAUGCUGAGUUGGUUAAAAUUAUUGACUGGAUCCCCAAGGUCUGGCAGCAUCUCAACCACUUCCUGGAGGCCCACAGCUCCUCCGAUGUCACUAUUGGCCCUCGCCUCUUCCUGUCCUGUCCCAUAGAUGUGGAUGGUUCCAGGGUUUGGUUCACUGACCUGUGGAACUAUUCAAUCAUCCCAUACCUCUUGGAAGCCGUCCGAGAAGGAUUACAGUUGUAUGGGCGGCGAGCUCCGUGGGAAGACCCAGCUAAGUGGGUAAUGGACACCUAUCCAUGGGCAGCCUCUCCCCAACAGCAUGAGUGGCCCCCCCUGCUCCAGCUGAGGCCCGAGGAUGUGGGCUUUGAUGGAUACUCCAUGCCCCGGGAGGGGUCAACCAGUAAGCAGAUCCCCCCGAGCGAUGCCGAAGGAGAUCCUCUGAUGAACAUGCUGAUGAGACUGCAGGAAGCCGCCAACUACUCGAGCCCACAGAGCUAUGACAGCGACUCCAACAGUAACAGCCAUCAUGAUGACAUCCUGGACUCUUCCCUGGAGUCCACCUUGUGAUCCUGCAGGGAUCAAACUCCAAGCCUCGCUACCAAGAUUCCCCUCCCCGUCCCCCCGAGUCAUCGUAACACCAUCAGAUUCCCCCAAUUGAUCCUGAAGAUAACUUCCUACUGAGCCAGCAUCUGCCUCAGUAUUAGUGCUGCAAGAACAACCAGAGACUUUACUUUAGUCAGCCUUGACCGUGGGUGCAGGCAUCCAAGCCAGUCAACCUUGUGACUGUUUUCUUUCUACAGCAAUGAGAACUGCACUAUACUGAUUUUUCAUUUUUAUGUUGUGUUCCCGAGCUCUCAUGCCUAAGACACUGAAGAUAUUUUCAACACAGGAUCACCACCACCUCAUCAUCAUCAUCAUCAUCAUCACCAUCUAAGAAGGGGGUGUGUGGGGUGGGGAUUCGGAACUCUGAAAUCCAUUCUGCCAUGGAUGGCCCAGCAACUGACAGGGCAGAUGGGGGAAGGGAGAGAUUGUCUGCUAUGCUCUCUACCACACAUAAAACCAACACCACUAAGGAACCUCAGCUCCAAGUCAUUGUGGUGCUAUACAUAGCUCUUGGCCUGAAAAAUAACAUUCAGUAAAAGCCCAAAUGGGAAGACAGGGAAACAUUUUAAAAUGUAAUGCAGUCAAUUCUGCCAUAACGCAUGUUUUCAUUGAGCACUUUCUGAUAGAAUGCUGUUGAGGAACUAAGGAAUGGUCUUUCGACAGCACACAUCUGUCUGGCUAGAACACGAUGUGAUGUUAGAAGAAAUGGCUGUGUGCGUGCCUGAGUGGUAUGCUCAAGUUGUUAGCUCCCCAACAUGAUUUCUUCUUAAUGUGAGGUUCUUCAAGGGUGCAACGCCUGGGUUAUUGGAGGACUGGCUGUGCUUUUUUUUUUCAAAAUGGUGCUCUCUCUGUCUGACUGUAAACCUCGGCUUUUCAGGCUCAAAUUCCACCACACAGUUUUUAACUAUUCAGUGAGUGUGUGUACACACAAACACACACUCUCUCUCUCUCUUUCUCUCUCAAGCUGUCCGUUAGUUUGAAGUGAUUCUGCUGACAGUGAGAUGGUGUCCGUGAGUAUUUGUCACUGAGAGAAAAUCUCUUGCUUACUAACACAAUGUGUCCAAGAAACAAAGAUGGACAUCUUUUCUGGACUCUCAUCACAUGGGGUGACAUUACUCUGAUACAAAAUAUUUAAGGACACUGUUAUCACUCCCUCAUCAAGGGAUUACACAUAUACAUAGUACUGUGUAUGUGUGUGCGUGUGCAUGUGUGUGUACGCAUGCGCAGCUGUAAGUGAAUCAGGGUUUUUUUCUGCAAGUACUGCAGAGUGAAAUGCAUUAUACAGUUUUUAAUAAACCAAGUACCCCUGUUCGGCGGGUACAUUAAUUCCCUCCUUAGAACUGGCAUUGAUUUCUAAGUCCCUGUCUCACCCUCCAAACCAAGUUCAAAAUGAGCUUUGGCGGGCAGUGGGAGCUGGUGCCACUGCAGUCCAUCAAUGUAGUUGGUCCCAAGUGACUCUUUGUUUUGUUUUAACAGCACAACACGCCGGUCUUAUUCAGGUCGAACAAGGGAAUAUAUUGGCUGUUCCAAAGCAGCAGAGGUCCCUCCCUUUAGACAUGGGUGCGAUGUGAACUGAAUUUCCCAUUUUUCCUCCUCUCCCUCCCCCUUCAUUCUUUUUGAAACGCACAUCCCCGACAGAGGUCAGUGUAUAGGCUUGUGCUGCCGUGGUGAGAGAAAACACCUCCCAGAAAAAUUGCACUUUCCUUUCCUUAGGAACCAAUACAUAACAACUCAGUGACUCCUAGUUGUCCCUUCCAAAAUGACCGGCCUCUGCCUGUACAAGCCUUGCCUGGUCUUUUCCGGUGCUGAACUUGAAAGCGAUGCCUUACUUGUUUGUACUAAUUGUGUUCAUUACAUUAGUGCUGUAUGUUCCGUGGUCUUAUUUCAGAAAAAAAAACACACAAUAAAAAUAGGGCUAAAAAAACCAACAUCUCUUAUUACUGGGAGAACACAAGCUGCUGUAAAUAGUCUUUGUCUGAGAAGCUGGGGUUUUAGCUGCAUGGCUCCGAAGAAGGAAAGUGAGAUUCGAUUUCAGAUUCAGAGCAGAUCAAAACAAAGAACUUUACCGAACAGCUGUCUGUGUCAUGCAGGAAAAAGAAAAUUUUUCUAGGAUACUGAAUACCUUUUAUAAGCCCAGGUUGCUUUUUCUACAACAUACUGAGAUAAAACAUUUUAAAGAGCUGGUUAAUCUUCAAGUUGCUUAUUAGUGCUUUUUCAGCAUUCUUAACAUACCAGAUCUGUGUGUUCUCACUGUUUAUCAUCAAGGUUGCUUUUAUUCCAUCUCUUGGGUUUCUAGUUUAUGCGGCGUGACUGUUGAGCUUUGCCUUUUUUUUUUUUUUUAUCCCACUUAAGUUUGACCUGAAAAUGCCCUCUGGCAACUUUUAAUGGCUCAUGUCUCUUUCUUUUUAAGUAUUUUUCCCAUCAGUGGGUGGCACCCCUUUCACCUCUGUGACCUGCUUUAAUCUCCGUAAACUCAGCUUCUGUCCCAGGGUAAGAAGAGGCACCCAGCUUGGCCUUCACCGUCCUACCCUCAGGGCCCUCAAAUCCGUGUCCGACAAUGGUCAGAUAUGGGGUUCACCCAUUCUGCUUCCCAGCCAUGAUCUUACCUUUUUCAACUGUGAAUCCUGGGGGGGAGCGUCCACCCGCUGUCCUCUCAUUACGGAUAACUGUCUCAUCCAUCUGGUCAGUGGGCCCCACCAACACUUUUGUUUUAAAGCCACCCAUCCCCUCAACUCCCAUUUCCUGAGACUGGUCUCAGAAAGCACUCUCUGUGUGUAUUUCUUUCUGUUUGCAGGAGUUUGGGUGAUGGUAAGACAAAGCGAUCUAAGUCGACUAGUCCUUGUAAUAGACUCAAACUCAGUGUCCUUUCAAAAGCUUCGGGAAGCAGGGUGGCCUGUGUGCCCAUUCCUUACUUUUCUCACAUUUCCUGUAUAUGUAAGACACCUGAAAAAGUGACUUUGUACUCAUUUAGGGCUCUGUCCAAAAUGCUUCCAUUGCCUUUUUCUACAAAGUAGGCUCAUUUUGAAAUGUACAAGAUUCUAUGCAACAUUCAUGUUGAGUUCUAAUUGGAAGCCAAAAGUUUUCUUUCCAGACUGCCAAGAAUUGUACAGGCCAUAAAUGAGAUGGGGAUACAUUUUUAGUUGGGGUGGGAAAUGGGGGCAGGGAAGAGGGUUGCUAGUCCUCUGGUGUACAUUGGGGAAAUUUUUUAUUUCAUGGUUGAUGCUUAAACUUCAAUAUUCUGUGUAUUGAAUUUUGUUGGCUGUGGCGAUUCUUAAUUCCAAAAAAAAAAAAAACAAAAAAAACCCAUUGUGGAUAUUAAAUGGAAGGUUUGCUGUUUUGAUCUAGUUGUUUCCAGUGGAACAGUUUCUGAAAUAUGUUCUAUAAGAUGUACAUUUUUUCAUUGUAACAUAGAAAUUGUAAAUAAUUGAUUAAAGUGCUGCAUUUUGAUGAAUUUUUUCUAGCCAUUUUUAAAGAGAAAACUAGGAAUUGAGUAUUUUGUGUAUGGUAUGACAUUUCCAUCUUCCUCCCUCCCUAUUUAAUUUUCAUUUGUCACUAGGAUUUGGAUUUGCCAAUGGUCGAUCGGAAAUCAUGCCCUGUGUCACGGAGAAUAAAGCUGAUGAUUGUACCAGUCUUAAAUUAUUCAUGAUUCAAUAAAAUUGAUGCUUAUUUAUUCAGA